AAGCGCUUAGUUUGGAAAACUCCGCCAAAGCCAUUUUGACUUAAUGUUGACCAAUAGAAGUGUGUGCGUUUGUUAUACUCACAUGUUGAAUCUUCGGAGAUAAUGUUUUUGGUGACGUAGAUUUCAAUAUAUAAAAUAAACACCGCAAAAAACUUCUCGUUUGUUAUUGCAUAUGAACAUGGCGAAUAUUACAUUGGAUAAAGAAGCGUUUUACAGGCGCAUGAAACGACUUUAUGCUGCUUGGAAGGAUUCUGAUAAUGGGAUUGAUGAAGUGUACAAGAAGAUGGAUGCUCUUGUGUCAGCUGUGGGGGUGGAUGAAGAAAUUGUGUACAGCAAGUCAACAGCAAUACAGACAUGGCUGUUUGGGUAUGAGCUUACAGACACCAUUAUGGUACUUGCUGAAAAUGCAAUUCAUUUCCUGGCAAGCAAGAAAAAGAUUGAGUUUUUGCGUAAAGUAGAAAAUGGCAAAGAUGAAAAUAGUGUUCCACCAGUGAAAUUGCAUACUCGUGACCGAAGUGACGAGGAUAAAGCAAAUUUUGAGAAGCUAAUCAAUGCCAUAAAAGGUAGUCGAAAAGGAAAGACGCUGGGAGUAUUUCCAAAAGAAAACUAUCCAGGUCCUUUUAUGGAUGCAUGGAGAAAUGCCUUGAAAAAAGAACAGUUUGAUACUGUUGAUGUCAGUGCUGCAGUGGCAUAUAUAAUGGCUCCAAAGGAAGACUCAGAACUAGUUACCAUGAAGAAAGCUUGUCUUGUGUCAGUUGAUGUUUUCAAUAAGUACCUGAAAGAUCAAAUUAUGGAAAUCAUUGAUGCUGACAAGAAAGUGAAGCAUUCAAAACUUGCUGAGGGUGUGGAAGCAGCAAUUACAGACAAGAAGUAUGUCACUGGUGUCGACACUAGUCAAGUGGAUAUGUGCUAUCCUGCCAUUAUUCAGAGUGGUGGCAAUUACAACCUGAAGUUCAGUGUUGUCAGUGAUAAAAACACACUGCAUUUUGGUGCAAUUGUUUGUUCCUUGGGAGCACGGUAUCGCAGUUACUGUUCAAAUAUUGUGCGGACUUUGCUUGUCAAUCCAAGUGAAACUGUACAGGAUAAUUACAAUUUGCUGGCGUUAGAAGAAGAACUCCUGAAGCUAAUGACAGCUGGAACCAAGAUAAGUGCAGUUUAUGAAGCUGGUGUGGAGUAUGUAAAACGAGAAAAACCGGCUGUUCUUGAUCAUCUGACAAAAAAUUUUGGGUUUGCCACAGGCAUAGAGUUUCGGGAGAGUUCACUUUUGAUUGGCCCAAAAACAACAACAGUAUUAAAGAAAGGAAUGAUUUUUAAUGUAAAUGUUGGUCUUUCUGGAUUAGAGAAUAAAGAUGCUCAAGACAAGGAAGGAAAAGUAUAUGCACUCUUCAUUGGAGACACAGUUCUUAUAAAUGAUGGCCAGCCGGCAACAGUGUUGACAGCAUCAAAGAAAAAAAUUAAAAAUGUGGGUAUAUUUGUCAAAGAUGAAGAAGAAGAGGAAGAGGAAGAAGAAAAAGAAGAAGAUAAGAAACCUGAAAUACUGGACCGUGCCCGACGCACAGCUGUACUUGAUUCAAAACUUAGAUCUGAGCAAAGUUCAGAAGAAAAGCGUAGAGAGCAUCAGAAAGAACUUGCAUUACAGUUGAAUGAAGCGGCUAGAGCUCGUCUUGCUCAACAGUCAGGUGGCAAGGAACAGGAGAAAGUACGAAAGUCAACAGUAUCUUAUAAGAGCCACAGUCAGUUGCCCCGUACAGAGCCUGAAGUGAAGGAACUGAAGAUUUUUGUUGAUCGAAAAUACGAAACUGUCAUACUACCUGUAUUUGGAAUUCCUGUACCUUUCCAUAUCUCAACAAUCAAGAAUAUUUCACAGUCAGUUGAAGGAGACUACACGUACCUGCGAAUAAAUUUUUUCCAUCCUGGUGCAACUAUGGGCCGUAAUGAGGGUGGCACUUACCCACAACCUGAUGCUACAUUUGUGAAAGAAGUGACAUACCGUAGCACCAAUGUCAAAGAAGCUGGAGAGCUGUCAGCACCCUCUUCGAAUCUCAGCACUGCUUUUAGGUUAAUAAAAGAAGUUCAGAAAAAGUUCAAAAAUCGUGAGGCUGAAGAACGUGAGAAGGAAGACCUUGUAAAGCAGGAUACACUUAUUCUAUCCCAGAAUAAGGGCAAUCCGAAACUGAAGGACUUGUACAUACGACCCAACAUUGUUGCUAAAAGAAUGACAGGUUCAUUAGAGGCUCAUGUGAAUGGCUUCAGAUACACUUCCGUUCGUGGUGAUAAGGUGGAUAUCUUGUAUAACAACAUUAAGAAUGCCUUCUUUCAACCCUGUGACGGUGAAAUGAUCAUCUUACUCCACUUUCAUCUCAAGCAUGCCAUUAUGUUUGGAAAGAAGAAACAUGUGGAUGUUCAGUUUUACACAGAAGUUGGAGAAAUCACAACAGACUUGGGGAAGCAUCAACAUAUGCAUGAUCGUGAUGAUCUUGCAGCUGAACAGUCUGAAAGGGAGUUAAGACAUAAACUGAAGACAGCAUUCAGGAGUUUUUGUGAAAAGGUGGAGGCAAUGACAAAACAAGAAAUAGAAUUUGAUACUCCAUUCCGAGAGCUAGGCUUUCCUGGUGCACCUUUCCGAAGUUCUGUACUACUGCAGCCAACGAGUGGCUGUCUUGUAAACCUUACUGAGUGGCCACCAUUUGUCAUCACUUUGGAAGAUGUGGAGCUGGUGCACUUCGAACGUGUACAAUUCCACUUAAAAAAUUUUGAUAUGAUCUUUGUUUUCAAAGAUUAUCAUCGAAAAGUAGCAAUGGUAAAUGCUAUUCCUAUGAAUAUGUUGGAUCAUGUGAAGGAGUGGCUGAAUUCAUGUGAUAUAAGAUACACUGAAGGUAUUCAGUCUCUGAAUUGGACAAAAAUUAUGAAGACAAUAACAGAUGAUCCUGAGGGCUUCUUUGAGAGUGGUGGGUGGACAUUUUUAGAUCCAGAGAGUGAUGAUGAGAACAAUGAAGAUGAUGUUGAUGAGGAGGAGGAAGAUGACCCAUAUGAGCCGACUGACAUUGACUCGGAAGAAUCAGAGGAUGACUCAGAGUAUUCUGAAUAUUCAGAAGACAGUGGGUCCGAAGAAGAGGAAUUGGGUAGUUCGGAGGAGUCAGGAAAAGACUGGUCUGACCUUGAACGUGAAGCAGAGGAAGCAGACAAAGAGCACAGAGAUUUUCAGGAUGAAUAUACGGACAAAAAAGGAAAGAAGAGAUCUGGCGGUUCUUACAAUGACCGCAACAGCAAACAUGCUAAAACAUCACCUGAAAAAGACAGGCAUUCAUCGAAACAUAAGAAGCACAGUUCAAACCACAAGGACAACCACAAAAACAAAUCUUCAGAUAAAAGCAGGAAGCUGCAUGGGAAUAAGAAAGCCUCAGCUUCUUCAAAACACAGCCCAUCUAAAAACAAACACAGUGACAAACAUAGUGACAAGCACAAGUCUUCAGACUCUAAGCACAAGUCAUCAUCAGACUCUAAGCAUAAGUCGUCAUCUGAUUCUAAACACAAGUCAUCGUCUUCUGAUUCUAAGCAUAAAUCCUCAUCAGACUCCAAAGACAAAAAGCGACCUCGAGAUGACAGUGGUAGUCGUGAUCACUCGAGCAAGAAGAAGAAAUGAACAAUAAAUUCGACAUGAAGAGCAGUUCCAGUAUUGUUCAGCAUUCCAUUGUCAUCUCACCGUGUGUAUAUGGACAAGAUGGGAUACCUAGGAAGAGACAUCACCGCCUUGUUAGCCGCCUUUGUGAAAUAAAUUCGUACAAACUACAAAACACAGUUCUGCAGAAUGCUGUGAAAGAAAUUUAUUUCAGUGUUAGGGUGCUAAGGCAAACUGAAAAUGUGAAUGAAAUACAGUGUUGUUUGAUUUAUUUUGAUGUGAAGAAACAAAAAAAAGAAAUGAGUAUUUUGUAUUGCAACUGAGAAACUAGUACAACAACCUGUUCUACCAUUCAUUACUUAAGUUGAGAGUUGGUGAGAACUUGUUUUAUAUUGUUUGACUGUGGGCAGUGCUCUACAUUUAGGCAUAUUGUCUCUUUUUUAUAUUUGUCAGGCUUACAUGUGGCAUCACAGUCAAGACAAGAGAACUGAAAUUUUUAGUAAGUUAUCUGCCCCUCCACUUUCAUGUGUUUAGCUAUUGCAGUAGACCCACUGUGAUAAAAUGUGUAAAUUUCUAGGGUGAAGCACUCAAAACUUGUUCUAUUUUAAUGUUAGUGACAUUUUUAUCUGUGUCUGCUAUUGACUCAAAUAAAUUUCUUUUUGUAUGUA